AUGACGGGUGGAAGAAGAGCUCAAGAAACGGUUGUCGAAUAUUUCGAGAAAACAUCAACCAUCUGCAAUACCUUGACAUCUGUUUGUCGAUUGGUUCUCGAUGAUACAAGUGAGUAUUUUUUUGGGAACAGUGAUUUUGAAGUCAUGUUUGAUGUAGAGCAUAAAACUAUUUUAAAUUACUGGCAGGCUAAACAGAAAGACUAAACAUCUGUAUAUACGUUGUUAAGACACCUGUUUCACAAAAAUAACUCUGAAACUUACGAGAGAAGUGUGUUAGGUUCCCGGAGAUUUUCAAUAAGAAAUAUAUCAUUUUCUACAGUUUUUCACGCUGAGAAAGAUCCCUCUUCCAGUUUUUGCUGAGUGGUUCUACGAAAAGCACAAAAUGAGCCAAAAGUAAAAAAUGUUCAAAAAAUUUCUUUUUUAAAUCCUAUGACUCAUCUUAAAAUAAUAUUUAUCAAGACUGAAACGAGGACGUUAUUCAAGAAGGUUUUACCCAAAUUGAAACUUUUAAACAAUAUAUUCCAAAAACUGUAAAGUUCACGAUUCCGACAUUGUUCCUUCGAAAUAUUGAGAACAUCGAAAUCAAUGAAUUGUGAUUAUGCCAACUCUACCUUCCUCACAGCAGCUGGGAGGUUUAAGAACGGUUGAUCAACGGUUUAUAAACCGACUUUAAUGAAAUUUAAUCAACGAAGUACCAAUAUUUAAUCCACGGUUGAUCCCCGUGCGAUCCGGGAGAGAAGUUUUCAUUCUACGGAAUUUCAGAACAUUCUAAUCAAUAUAUUUUUUCAGCUGGUGAAGUGAUUAGCCGUAUCGAUCGCUACCCAAUCUCGCCAGGUUAGUUUUUUUCACUAACAAUCUGUGCUCUACUUGUUCUACUAACCUACUUAUGAUUCAGAAUCUUCUGUUUUUUCCAGUGAACACAUAGCAUUACUCAUAUUUACCACACGUCAUUUAGCAGUGAAUCAGUUUAUAUAUAGGUACACAUUCUCUCUCAUUCUUUUUUUCCCAUUAGUUAGCCUAGUUACUUAUUAUCAUAUUUUAUUGUGAGUUGGUUUGAUGGAACCUGGUACCAUGUUGCACAAUACAAAGACAAACUGAAUGAUUGCAAUUUAAUGAGCAUAUAUUUGGGACAAAACAUAAGAAACACUAAUUAUGUUAAAUUUAUUUCUUUUUUUGUAUGAAACAAUGUGAUGGAAUUCAAAAAAAAAACCAGAGAAUGGAAGGAGAAGCAGAAAGAGAAGUAAAAAUAAUAACAAAGUUACAAAAAAGUUGUUUCUUUGUGUCUCGUCUAGUGGUCACACUAAAUUGUUCAAUUUGUUGUUUUGCAUUCCUAUUUUUUGAGACACUUUCAAAAUGUUUGCAGCUGAUUUUAGAAAAGGUAGGCCAAGGUUCAUUUUUUGAAAAAAGUGAAUCAUCCAACUGUUAGUAUUACUGUGUGUUGUUUUUAAUUUUCUAGGCAAUUCAAAAUGUCUUUGACGUGAAAUAUUAAAUUUUUAUUCAGCGUUUGAAAAAAAUAAAUUUCAUUUCUAAAUUUGAGACCUAAUACUUUUGAGAAAUUAUUAGUAGGAAAUCAGUGUAUGUUCAUUUUCAAAAUCUGUGUUGGAUAUAAUCUUGAAUAUUUGGAUUCCCUCAAAUUUUGUCAGAAUUCUGAAAAAGAAAAACCACAUUUAUUCAAAGAAAAGUUUCCCUUUUACUAGUUUGGAUUUUUAUUCCACCUUAUUUUUUAAUUAAGUUUAAUUUUUCUGCUGCAAUGAAAAUUUCGUGAGCAAAUCAGAGUGUCCGAAAUAAAAUAAAUUAUAUUCGAGAAAUCAGUUUUUUUUUGAAUUUCAGUAGUUUUUUUUCUGUAAACUGAUGAAAUGAACUUCAUUGAUUUUCAUUGACUUUCCGAAUUUAAGACAUUCUAAAAAUUGUUUUCUCAAUCCGAAACUAAUUUUCGUUCCAAAUAAAUAUUCGAAAUGUGUUCAUUACUGAAAACCAUACAAUAAAUUCAUCGAAAGAGGUCAAAAUGACAUCUGGCUUAGCAGGUCAUGUUUUGACAAAUUUACGGUCACUUUUCACUUUUUUGUUUCAUCCUUUCAAAUUAUUUCGAAUUCAUUUCAUAUCUAUUAACAAGGUUUAUUCAAUUUGUCCCUCUUCAUUUUAUUUAGUAUUGGUUUGCAAAAAAAUAAGUGUACGAAAAUCAUAAAUCACACCAAAAAGAAUUUCGGGCUCUAUAAGACAAACAAGCCCAUUAGUACCAAGCACCAAACAAAAAUUGCGCAGCGGACUCGUCUUGAAAUAUUUUUUCGGAAGAUGAACACUUUUGGUGUAAAAAUGGAACAGUUGGUUUGUUUUUGGUGGAUUGGUGGAUGGUGGCGGCAAAAUAUUAUUUAUUAUUGUUAAAAUUGUGUUUCAAAAUUUUAUGAAACAUAAUUUUAAAAUUUUUCCUGACAAGGGAAAGACAUAAUGUCAGUAACUUUAGUUUAUUUCACUAAAACUUUUAUCAGAAGUUCAGUUCACUUCCGCUGUAAAAAUACUUGAAUUCAACUUCCGUUAAACCUACGUGAAAACAAAAACAACUAAUAAUUGACAUCAUCCAACCUAAUUUCUUGUAUCUAGUCUAAUUAUAUUUUCAAUCCAGUUUUUUUGGUAAGAAAUUCGAGAUUCACACAUGGUGGUAUUCCGUGACAAAAACAACAAUAAUAAUAAUAAAUAAACAGAACGUUCAUUUUCAUAAACAAAACAACAUUUUGCCGGAUUCUUUCUGGAACCAGAUUUUAUUAUUUUUCAACACUCAUCCAUAAAAAAAUAUUUUAGUUUCAAAGUGUUCUGAUUUAUAAACACUUUGCACUUUUUAUCAUUUUGAUCUUCUUGAUAACUUAUCGAUUCUUCGAUAAACUGUAUUAGUAUGGUAUUUUUGAACAAUUUAAAAAAGUUCAAAAUGAUCUUCUUCCAUCUUUCAUAAAACUACUUUUUCGUAUCUAAAAUUAUUAAAACUUCAGCAGCUGAAAAUUGAAUUAGUUUUUUUAUGUUUCGGAAAAUAAUAUAUUUUUAUCCUAACAAUAAAAGUUAAUAUAAAAUGUCAAUCGGAAAUUAGAAUGGUUCAUAUGUUAAGCUAAAUAUCAUUUAACCUAAAUAUGGUUUCAUUUUCAUUUUGCUUGUUCGGGUGCGCACUUAGUGCUAGUCACGCACAACGACCUUAGUUUGUCCUCUUUUAAAAUAUAUCCAUCCUACUAUCUAUAUACAUAUAUAGAGAUAUAUAUUAUGCAUCUCAUCCCUCUCUCUUAUAUUUUAUAUUAUAUCUCUUUUUCACUUAUUUUCUCUAUUUCUCUAAAAUCUCUUAUUCUCUCAAUUCAAUUGCAGUGUCCAUCUCCGUACCAGAGUGUCGUCGUGCCUGACCCAUUGAUGUUAGUCGUGUUGUUCGUGCCAAGCACCACUGUCUCUCUCGUCGUUCUAUCGUUUCUCUGUCCACUCUUGUGUCCGAUAAUACUAUUUCACGACAGCCGGCUGACUGGUCACUUUUUCUUUUCCACUCUCUUCUUUCUCUUCACACAUGCUUCUUCUUUUCUUCUUCAAUCGUGUGUGUGUGUAUUUGUCUCCUCACUGUGCUGGUUUUGAAUCGAAUCGUAAUAUUCGACUUUUUCGAUUGAUUCGUGUGUUCUCGAUAUUAUUGUUCGAUCACUGAUGUCAGAUUCUUCGCUUCAAAUCUUCUCCUUUUCUUUUAUGUUGCGCUUUUUAUUUGUUGAUUAUUCAAUUCUUUGAUAUAUUCAUAUUCAUUCAUUUGAUCAGAUGGUCAACAUCUGCAAAAAUAGUCAUCAAUUCAUCAUCACCUUUUUCUUGUUCUUUGUUUCAUUUCCAGCGAUAGUUUCAGUUUCUAACAUUGUCCUUUAGGUUCCAAUUGAAACUGAAAAAUCUGAGAAUUCGUGUCUCUUUUUUUUCGAGAUCUUGAAAACUCAACUUCUAAAUUUAUCUGUUCUGAUGAAGCUGAAUAAUCUUGAAAAUUCUCAGCGUUGCCCUUUUUUCUGAAAGUGUCCUUAAUUUUUUUGAACAAAAAUUUGCACACAACUUUCACAAAAUUUUCGAAUUUGUUAGAAUUUUUCCAAUGUUUCCAGAAAAUAUUGUAUUCCUUAUUUAUCCAUACUUUCCAAUUAAAAUCCAAGAUGAAUAGCUUCAUCUUCGUAUUUUUUCUUUCCCAAUUGUUGUGUUUCUUCUUCUUUUUUCUCAAAAGCAAGCACCAUUAACCAGCACGACCGAAUCGAAAUUGGGUCAAUGUUCAAAUCAUCGCCGACAGUGUCACCCCCAGUCCCUUUAUUAGUCUCUUUUUUCUCUCUUUCUCUUGAUGUGUCUAUCUUUUGUAGUGUUUCAAAGAAGCCUGUGCAAACAUUUUAUACUAUCUACAGUAUGCCCGGGAGACAUGUACUUUUAUCCUUUUUUCAUCCGUUCAAAUCUCGUUCAAUUUCAAUUCCAAUCCAAUCCAAAUCGUAUCUAUCUAAUCUCAUUCACACAUAUCCGUGUCUUUGUUCUUCUUUCUCUCUUUCUCGCUUUUUUCUCGCUUUCAUUCGUAUCUACAGUAUACAUGAUUCCACGUGGAUUCCAUUUCAAUUUGUUUCAGAAGUCGUAGUGUGCUUUGGCGGCAUGGAGCCGGCGGCCAGAUCUGGAGAACAAGAUCACCAACCAGAACAACAUGAACGACGGCAACAACAAAAAGAUGGAGAUGGGGAGGAUGAAGAAAUGUUAGAACAAGUUAUUGGAGAGGAACAAGUUCCAGCGGCCAGUAAUUCACAGGUUCGAACGGGUUUUUUGUUUUCAAAACUAGAAAUUUUCAAGAGAUGAGUAAAAUGAGAAAUUCAAUAGUUUGAGCACCUUUGUAUAGUCAAACCCCAAGGGGAUUUUUUUUACAAAGUCGUUCUAGACUAGCAUAUGAGAUAAACCCUUCAAGGAUAGAAGUUGAAACUAUAAAUGAAUUCGGGUCUUUUUGGAAUGGUAAAAAAUACAAGGAAUUGUUAUUCUCUGAAACCAUAUUUUACUAUUCCCAAGUUACCUUUAAUUUUCAGAUAACUUUAAGAUGAUCUCAAUUGCUUGAAUCUUACCCCUUUCCCAUUUUAAAAAUGUCUACGAAUUUAGUCUCAUCCAUCAAAAAAAUGUAUAAGAAAUGAAUAAAUUUGUGAAUCGCGUGACCUUUUUUAUUUUCUAGCAAAAAAGUCAUUAUUCAUUAUUAUUAUUAUUAUUUUUUAGACAUGUCGUGAUGAUGGUGCAACAAUGUCGCCACCAAAUACUUGGUCAUCAUCUUCUGUUGAACUCGAUGAUGAUUCUGACAAUCGACUUUUGUUCACGUGUACUUUUACACUUCCACAUGGACAGGUCAUUUCUUCGGCGACUUAUGCUGAUGGAUUUACAGAGCAGGUAAAUUUUCGGAAAUUUUUUGUUGGAAACUUCAAUAUUUGAUUUACAGUAUCUUCCGAUUGGUAGCAAUUUCAUGCAUAGACUCGAACCAAAAGGUCAGAGUUUCAUAUUGUCAGCGGCUGCUGCUUCAGUCAAACAACGCAUAUUUGCCCGUCUGACCAUGUAAGUCACGAUCUUUCGAUCUCCAUAUUUUCACCCUCGCCUCGAUUACAUUUUCAAUUGUCCAAUAAACAUACAAAACGAGGGAAAACACAGAGAAUGAGAGAAUUAGAGAGCGAGGAAAAUCGUGAGAAAAUGAGAGAUUGAGACGGAGGGGAGAUGACAAAAUGAGAGAUAGAAAUAAGGGAGGAGGGAGGAGAGAUAGAGAGAAAAAUAAAUACAUUUAAUUUGGGUGCAUUGAAUGAAAAAGGAGAAAGAGAUAGAAAAUAAAUAAUAUUCGCUUCUGAAAAUAUAUAAUUAUAUUAUUUUAGGCCAAAUGGAACAUCGAGAGCUUGCGAAUUGCUAUGCGAAUUUGAAGCAUCUCGCGCCAAAAUAACCGUUUUGGCUUUGCGAUCUGCUUUUCAGCCAACUAUGCAACCUUUUCAUAUAUUCACGUUUAUCACGAAACAUUCGUCGACUUGUGCACUAACUCAUAUCGAUUAUGCGUGAGUUCAUUAUUAGUUUUCCAUAGAUAAGGAUUACGGUAGCAAAAAUAAAAACAAAUAAGAACCUUUAAAGUAGCGUGUAUUUUCAACAAAAAAAAAUUAAAUCUUGUUUCAGAACAAUUUCGUGAAAAACGUGACCUAGAUUUUGAAAUUAUACGUGGCUCUUUUUUUAUUUUCCAAAAAUUCCAACCUCAUUUUUAACUUUUGAAAUUGGGAUAAUUAAACUAGAUUUUAUAUUUUCAAAGGAGAUAUAGGGAAAAAAGUUAAUCUCAAAUGAAUGAGCGCCUUUGAGAUGCAAAAAGAGAUUUCAUAAAAAAUCUGAAACUCGGGAAAAAUAGUUCUAAAAUGUUGGUCCACGUAUUCAUAUUUCAUCGAACUUCUUAAAACUUACAAUUUUCUCUGAAAUAAUCAAUAAUUUUUAGGUCAAUCCCAUAUCUAGGCCUACUUCCAACUGAUCUCAUCGGCAAAUCGCUUCUUGCGUUCGUUUACGCACCAGAUGUUCAUGUUGUCCGACAAGCACACAUUGAUCGUAAGUUGUUUCUCAAUUAUACUUUAAGUUAAUCAAUCUCGUGAUAUUUCAGUCCAUAAUUCACGCGGAAAAAUAGUCAAAUCGAUAGCCGAUCUUCGUCUAGUCGCACAUAAUGGUUCAAUUCUUCGAUGUCAAACUGAAUGGUCAGCUUAUGUCAAUCCAUGGACAAGAAAAAUGGAACUCGUCGUAGCUCGUCAUCGAAUUUGUUCGCUGCCAAUUGGUGAUGCUGAUGUUUUGGCUCAACCACCAAUUAAUCAACCAACAAAUGUCUUACCACAAGUUAUGGCAAAAACAUUUGAAGAUGAGCUAAGAUCGAUUAUGAAUCGAGUAAGUUUGACCUUUUUUCAGGAUAUUGUUUUGUAAUAUUUUUGUCUGUCAAAACAAUACAAUAUCAUAUUUCAUCUUCUUCUUCUUCAUAUUAUUAUUUUUGUUCUUCUCAUACAUCUUUUUCUUAUUUUCUGUUCUUAUCAUUCUAGUACCAGUCACUAACUACCGGCGUUCGUUCUUGUUGUUUUCGCCAGACUAGAAUGCAUGUGCACUUUUCCAUCAUCAUCUUCUUUUUUUGCUUCUUCUUCUUAUUCUUGCCAAGAGCACAAACUGACACCGCAAAAAAACGAAGGGGUGGAGGGAGAUGAGCACAAUGUUCUUUUUUGAAGUUCAAAAAGUUGUUGUUUAUUUCUAGAAUUUCAUUUUUUUUGUUGCUAUAGUCGAGGGAUCGAAAAAAGCAAGAAAUAAUAAUCAAGGGUUCUAAAAAAUUAUAGUGUGAAAUAUUGGAAAACAAGAACAAAAGUCAUAAAUUCUGUAGAAUGUAGAUAUUUAUCGGCAAAAUGAAAUAUGAUAGUUGAAAGCUUUUGUUAGAAUUUUAGAUGGAAAUUAUGAGUAGAAUUUAUGAUUUGAGAGAAUGAAGAAGAAUUUGUAUGUAGAAUACAAAUUAUUAUUUUUUCUAUAUUUUAAUUUGAAUAAAUCGGAAGCUUCACAUCCUCCAAUUAAAAAAGUGCAAACUCUGAAAGAUAAAGUGCAAAUUCCAACCAAAUCAAUUUUAAAAUUGUCAACUCGACCAUACAAUUAAUCUUCUUAGUUGAAACGGAACAUCUAUUUCUCUCAUCGAAAAUCAUCUUCAAAAAGACCACCUGAACUUUUUUCGAUUCUCCCCGAAAUUGUAAUCUAUCAUAACAAUCAUCUCUCUUUUAACAUGUACCAGUUAGUUGCAACAUCUAUCCAUCUAUCCACAGACACAACACAACACAACACAAAAAUUCCGCCACCCCCAGCAGUGUCUGUCACAACAACCCAAUUUCUCAGCGUCUCUUCUCCUCUAUCACAUAAUGUCUCAGUGUCUCGCCUCUAGGUGUUGGCUAGUGCACGGCUAGAAAGGGCAUUCGCGACGAAAAGUGCAAACACAUCCCUCUGUGUGAUGUGUGUCGUCUUCUCUAGUCGCCAUCGCGGCCUGUCCGCGACUGGCGCCGUUGAAGCCGCCGCAGACCGCGAGCGAGUGCCUUGCAGCAUAUCGCGGACACUGGUCACUCUCGUUUUUCUUUUUUACUUGUUGCUUGCUUCUGAUAUUCAUUUCUAGUUUUUGUUUCGGUUCAUUUCGAACUGUUAUUCGAAGUGUUCUGGGCCGGCCUGAUUCUCAUUUUAUUGUUUUACAAUUCGGGCCGGCCCAGUUUGGAUGGUCUGAAAGAAAAUAAAGUAUUUAUUUAAUCGAUGAGUGAGGAUGAGAAGAUAAGUUUUUCAAGGAUUUGGGGUUUCUCUUUUCUCGACGUGUUACUGUAGGAAGUAUGUAUCUAGAUUCUGAGAAUAUUCUUCCUGAUUCAAUUUGACUUUUCACCUCAUUUUUUUUCAAAUUUUCAAAAUAAUCUAAAGUUUUCAAGUUUUACUGCAGAAAUUUGAUAUUGACCGCUGAAGAUUCCCGUAUUUCAGUUUUUUGCUUUUUAGUCUCUGAAUUCUAGUUACAGUAAUCUCCUUCAAAACUGUAAUCCCUAAUUCUGAAACGAAAGAUCCCUCAACUUUUGCCAACAUUCCUUACACAAACAAAAAAAUGAACUUCCUCAAUCUUCCGCUAACUCAAUAAACCGAACAAACAGUUUCGAUAAUUUUUGCUGCUUUCGCGAAAAAAAAAACCCAAGUGCAACUUCAUUCAUAAGAGCAAGUACUUCCUCGAUUUCUCUCACCACUCUCUUCACCUCAUUAUACUAUCUCGCGUACAAAAAACUAUUUGACCCCCUCGCACUCUCCUAACUCUAUACAUACUCGACUCCGCCCACAAUCUCGUGCUUGGGAGUUCCCGUACCUGCCUGUCUCUCUUCUUUCUUCUUCUUUCUUCGUUCCCCCCCCCCCCGCGCAGCAAUUUUAUUAUUGACACCAUUUACACACAGAUACACACAUACAUAUUUUUGUUGUUGUGUUAUUGUUGUUACUACAAUAUUAUCUAAACACUUAUUAUGGAUAUUCUGAAUUAUCUUUAUGAGCUGGCAGAAGUAAUAUUCAUUUUCAAAUAAUUUUUUUUCGAAAAAUGUAUGUAUAAUAGUUAAUUUUUAGCCAGUCCCAUCGACAUCUCGUCAAGCAUCAGUUAAAGAAUGUGGAUAUCCGGCAGCUGAUCUUGGAGUAUACAUUGAUAAACUCGUUGAACAUCUCGUUGUUAACUCAACAGCACAGCAACAACAAAAAGCUGCAAUUGCUGCGGCUGCUGCUGCAGCUGCUGCCGCUGCCGCCGCCGCUGCAACUUCUGCAGCAGUUCGAAAACCAAGCACAUCGAAUUCGGAACCACCAUUGAGUUAUACACAAAUCAAUUGCCUUGAAAAUGUUCAUCGAUUGUUGAAAUCUCAAUCAAGACCUGAUUCGCCUGAACGAGAUGCUGAACCGUUUGAUGAAAAGUGAGUUUUUUUGGGUUUUUGAGAAGGAGCAAUAUUUUUGGUGGAAAAUUGAGAAUAGUUAGGUUUGCCCAGUAAUUUUUUGAACUGAAAAAGAAGAAUAGUAUUUUCGAAAAUGUGAAAUUUCGUAACUUUUUAAUAGCAUCUAUGUGUACUCACUUAGUUUUAAAUAGACAAGUGUAGAAGGGAAAUGAUGCAAAAUUAAAGGAAUUCUUGUUCUUAUUUUUUGUUUCAAUUUUUUUGAAUCAAAUCAAAACAGAGGUUCCACAAUUCAGUUUUUUUUCUCUUUUAUCUUUUUUCUAUCAGUCAUUAAUACCGACCGAUAAAAGAUGGUUAUUAUUAUUAUUAUGAUUAUCGUUGUUUUUGUCUUCCUCAUUUUCAUCUCUCCUCGUGGAGAGACGAAAUAGUAUUACACCAAUGAAGAGACGCAGACGAUCUACUCGUUUGUUUUGACAUAUGUGUUUGUGUGUACGCGUACGUACCACCAAACUGGUGGUGUGGUGACUGGUAGUACCCCCUUUACACCAUUGAAAAUGUGAUGAACAUAUAUAAUAAUAAUAAUCGGUCGUGUGCGUACAAAAAUGGUGUGAAUUUUUGCAGAAAAUAUCCACCUGCAAUGCCAUUGACUAAGGAAAUGUUAGACAAGCAUACAAAACGAUUUGAAGAUGAAUAUAAGGAUACAUGGUGCAGGUUCGUAUUCAAUUGGUUUUUUUUUCUGCAAAUUCCAACUUUUACUACUAACAAAGAAAAACUUGAAAUCAAAUCAAAUCAAGCAUUUUGACAGACAGACAAUUGUUUCUCUUAUCACCCAAUAAAUGACCGUGCGUGACAUAGAACAAUGCUUCUUCUUUUUUUCUCGACAAUUGCUAAAAAUAUUCCUGUUUGCGUUUCGAUCGCAGCAGCCGCCAAAAAUUCAAUUUCUUUUGUCCUUGCGCUUUGCACGCACGCGCCCAGCGUUCGGUCAAUUUACGCGAGAAAAAAAUUGCGAAAGAUGAAGCAACCUCUUGAAACCAGUUCAAACAAUAAGCAACCUUUUGUUACUCGAUGUAAUUUUUACACACAGACACAUACAACAAUAGACACAACUUCGUGCUAAUUGAGAAAAAGAUGCUAAAAUUUAUAAAGAAGAGGAAUUUUGAAAAUGACUUAUUGAUUUUCAUUAUUUUUUUUGCAGACGGCUGAAACGAUUAUCUGAUGAUGUGCCAAGUUCUCCACCACCUGCUGCGAAACAAUUUCGACCAAACUUGUCGCAGACUCCCCCACCAACACAUUGGAGAAAUUUGGCGCCAGCACCACCACCGCCACCAGGAAAAAAUUAUCAGGUAUGUUGAAUCCUUAACACUGGGAUGAAGGGACUCAAUCUGAUUCUGUUGGGACAUAAUUUUGAAUGAGGUCUUUUUUUGGGAUAGGACCCAUAUUUGUAAGGAGGUCUCUUAUCUCACUGUUGGAUAUAUUUAAGACCUCUUAUUUCAAACAUUUAGCGUUUUGGAAAAAAUAUCUCAUCGGUAUAAUUUUGUGACAGCCCAAUUUCCGUUUUUUCCAAUUUUCUAAUUAAUAAAGGGUGAAUAAGUCUGACUCAGGUUCAAAGUGACAUCGGUUUCGAGCUGUUCUCACAUUCACCCAUGAUGAUUUUUACAUACUCAUAUGACGUAUAACUUUAAUAUGUAAUGCUUUUUCAGAUAACCUAUACCCCAUUGGAUGAUCCAAAACCAGCAAGCCCUCGUGGCCCAAAGUCGGAUUUCGAGAAUGCCAACACAUUCCAACAACAUCAGCAUAAAAAUCCAAUGGUUCAACGUCUCAUAAUUUCAUCAACGGCAACAAAUUCAUCAUCCCCUUCACCAUCGCCAACAACAUCCUCACCAACAUCUCUACUUUUAUUACGGGACUCUCAUAAUCAGCAUCAACACAUUUUCUAA